AUGAAUUUGAUACGAUCGUUCUUUAAACGAAUUUCAGAUGAUCUCAAACAGAAGAAACUCAUACCUCUCAAGAUAUUAUGCUUCGUGCAUGCUUCUACACAACUUGUGUUGUAUCCUUACCUGACGAUACACAUGAGGGAAUUGGGCAUCAAUGUCGAGGAAACGGCCGUGAUGUCCUCACUAACUCCUCUCUUCCUGAUCAUGAUACCACCACUUGCUGGGCUAUUUGCAGAUAAGAUCGGUAAUUUCAGGUUACUAUUGGCUUUCACAUCGUCUCUGGGAGGAUUGGCAGCUCUGCUGUUACUUCUUGUACCAGUUGGAAGGUACACAGUGACUUAUCCACCUGCAGUCGAGAUGGUUGCUACCUGUGAUGGUAGUACGUUGCGUCUUCAGGAUGUCAGUGAAUAUUCCUGCCUACCUCUUCAUCCGUAUGCUUAUAACAGUAAUAUGACAAUUCUUUCCUGCGGUUUCCUAUGCCAGUCACCGAACGAGACAACCGAAGACGAGUUAGACUCUCUCCUUGACAGUACUUCUUAUACCGUAAAUUUGAAGUCAGUCGCACAAUCGCAACUCUUGAUUUACCGAAAUGUUUAUCAAUCAAUAUCCAGAGAUACGAGUAUAAUAAAAGACCGAAAGAGAGUUCGCGCAUUGACUAACGACCCCUUCUUCAAUUCCACCAUGACCAAGGUAUCUGAGAGGACAGUGUUCUUUCCGACACCACAAUUGUACAGCAUAGACUGCUUACACGAAGGGAAGAACGCUACAUGCUCUUUAGGCAACCCUGAUCAUAUAUUCGAUCUGGAUUCUGAAAACAUCGAAGAAUAUAGAGUAAGAUUUUCACGACGUGUUAUUGACAGUGAAGAAGCGAGUGAAUAUUGGAUAAAUGCUAUAUUAGGAGACACGAACUCUAGUUUGAUGAAAGGUUUUGGCGGAGUCGACAGUACAAAUUGCAGGGAUACAUUAAUAGCACAAGACGAUGUCUCGGUAUGGGUUCAAGUUGAGUCCAAAAAGUUUGCAAAAUGCAGUUCAGCCUGUGCGGCUACAGUUCCUAGGGCGAGCCUUUGUGAGAACAGCCAACAGAAGGUUGAUAUUGAUCCGGCGUUUACAUUUUGGAGUUACAUGGCUCUUCGCGUUCUGAUAGGCAUAAUAAGCGGUACAUCGUUCGCGUUGUUCGAAGGAGCUGUGAUAGCGAUUAUUCGGGAACAGCGAGCUGACUAUGGUAUGCAGAAGGUGUACGGAAGCGUUGGCGGCAUGAUAUCGUCUCCACUCUCCGGAUUGCUCAUAGACUACGCUAGUAGGGGAAAAGGUUAUACUGACUUUAGACCAGCAUUUUACAUGUACGCAGUAUUAAAAGUCUUGUCUGGAGCCCUCGUACUGGGAUUAGACCUCGAAUUCAAGAAACCUGCUAAGACCUUAGUGAAGGAUGUCGUCACGGUCUUCAAGAACUUCGAAAUUGUCGCUUUACUGAUUGUGUGCAUCGUUAUGGGUACAGCAUGGGGAUACCUGGAGAGCUUUCUGUUUUGGUUUUUACAAGACCUGGGAGCAUCGCAAUCUCUCAUGGGUAUCACCAUCACAGUGGGUGGAGUAGCUGGCUUGCCCCUCUUAGUUCUCUCCGGUCCUAUCAUUAGUAAAAUUGGUCAUUCCAAUGUACUCUUUAUCGGAUUUAUUUUCUACGCCAUAAGAUUGUUUGGUUACUCAUUCAUCUACAACCCAUGGCUGAGUUUGAUAUUCGAAGCUAUGGAGUCAGUGACUUUGUCAUUAUCGUUCACUGCGGCAGUCACGUACGCGGCACUCCUUUCCUCAACCACCACGGACUCUUCCGUACAAGGACUGCUGGGAGGACUGUACUAUGGCGUUGGCAAAGGUGCCGGAAGUCUUAUCGGAGGCUAUUUAAUGAAAUUUUUCGGCACUCGACCCACUUACCGGCUUUUCGCCGCCGCCACGCUCGUCACCGGAUGCAUUUACUUCCUCUUCAACAGAUUCUGUAUAAGAAAGCUGGUUAAGUGUAGGGAAAACGACAUCUCUAGAAAGAACGCUUUGCCGUCAGACGUAGAGUCACCCGAGAAAGUUGAGAAAGUAAUGCCAACAGAUGGCGCUGUUGACAAAAGUGAAAUGACUAUGGAUCACUUGAAAUUAGUGAAGGACAACACAGAUGGCGGUAGUGACUCUGGAGUAGAAAAACCCAGCGUACAUUGA